CGCGUCCCCACCACGCUCGGCACGCUCCUCGCUUUCUACCGGCUCUAAGAUGGCUGCUGUCCACUGCGGCGAACCCAUGGAGCCGGAGCGGGAGCUGGAGCUGAUGAGCGACGAGGAGAUGGAGAGGGAGGCAGAGAGCUUCAAGGAACAAGGAAAUGCCUUCUAUGUUAAAAAGGAUUACGGAGAAGCCCUUCACUGCUACACAAAGGCAAUUGACGUGUGUCCAAAGAAUGCCAGUUACUAUGGGAACAGAGCAGCUACACUCAUGAUGCUGACCAGAUACAGAGAAGCCCUGGAGGACUCCCAGCAGGCUGUGCGGUUGGAUGACACCUUCAUGAAGGGCCACCUUCGAGAAGGGAAAUGCCACCUGUUACUUGGCAAUGCUAUGGCCGCGAGCCGCUGCUUCCAGAAAGUCCUGGAACUGGAACCCGACAACAGCCAGGCACAGCAGGAGCUGAAAAAUGCUGAGGCUAUUCUGGAAUAUGAGAGGCUGGCAGAGGUUGGCUUUGAGAAGAGGGAUUUCCGAAUGGUGGUCUAUUGCAUGGACCGUGCCCUAGAGUCAGCCUCUGCCUGCCACCGCUUCCGGGUUCUCAAGGCUGAGUGCCUGGCACUGCUGGGACGCUACUCAGAAGCACAGUCUGUGGCUAGUGAUAUCCUGCGGAUGGACUCCACAAACGGGGAUGCACUUUAUGUGCGUGGUUUGUGCCUGUACUACGAGGACUGCAUUGACAAGGCCGUGCAGUUCUUCAUGCAGGCAUUGCGCAUGGCGCCUGACCAUGAGAAGGCUCGCAUCGCCUGCCGGAAUGCCAAGGCACUCAAAGCCAAGAAGGAGGAAGGGAACAAAGCUUUCAAGGAAGGGAACUAUGAGGAGGCUUAUGAGUUGUACUCUGAGGCGCUGACAAUUGACCCCAAUAACAUCAAGACCAAUGCCAAGCUGUACUGCAACAGGGCCACAGUAGGCUCCAAGCUGAAAAAACUGGAGCAAGCUAUCGAGGACUGCACGAAGGCCAUCAGCCUUGAUGAGACGUACAUCAAAGCCUACCUGCGGAGGGCACAGUGCUAUAUGGACACACAGAUGUAUGAGGAGGCAGUGCGAGAUUAUGAGAAAGUAUACCAGACGGAGAAGACCAAAGAGCAUAAACAGCUCCUGAAGAAUGCCCAGCUAGAGCUGAAGAAGAGCAAGCGGAAAGACUACUACAAGGUGCUGGGUGUAGACAAGAACGCCACAGAGGAGGAGAUCAAGAAGGCCUACAGGAAACGGGCCCUCAUGCAUCACCCUGAUCGUCACAGUGGUGCCAGUGCAGAAGUUCAGAAGGAGGAAGAAAAAAAGUUUAAGGAGGUGGGAGAGGCCUUCACUGUACUGUCUGACCCCAAGAAGAAGUCACGAUACGACAGUGGCCAUGACUUGGAUGAUGAUGGCAUGAAUAUGGGUGAUUUUGAUGCCAAUAACAUCUUCAAAGCAUUUUUCGGAGGACCUGGGGGCUUCAGUUUUGAAGCAUCUGGACCUGGGAAUUUCUUUUUCCAGUUUGGUUAAAGCAUGAACAGUCUUGGUGUGUAUGCAGUUGCCCCAUCGUGGACUCUGUCGGAGUUGUUCUCCCACCUCAGUUAUGUUCCCAAGUUUUGUUUGUCGGUCGGAUGCUGUGUGUACUGUACUUAACGGAAUGCAUUCACUUGAAGAUAAAUUGCGAGCGCAUCACUCCAUGAACUUGGAUUAAAAGGCACAUGCCAUUGAGUUUUACACUUUGUAGAAACAACAACCCCCCCCCCCUUCAGAUCAGGUCAUUUGUUUUGAACCGUAAAAUGUAUAUCUACACCUUUUAUGUCCAGUCGGAUAGUAAUGCACGAUCAAGUCCAUAGACUUUAUAUACAUUUAAACUAACCAAAUGCAAUUAAAAUUUCCUUUUGGGAACAGUCUUGUUGUACUUCCAGUAGAUGAGUGAACAUAGCUGGGGAAACUUGGGUUUUGUAGAACUGACUGGUCUGAGAAACAGGUAGGCAGUUGUUUAACCACAGUUGAGUUAAUAAGAAGGAAAAAGCAAUUUGGGUUCAAUACAUCGGGACAGUAAAGAAAAGACUGUAGAUUAAGGCAUGGGGGUAAAUUUAAACUUGAAUCCAUAAUAACCCUCAUUUGUUCUCCAUCAGUAUUAGCAGCAUGUGCUCUAUGGCCAAGUUUAAAGGGAGUAAAAAAAAAAAAAAAAAAAAACCACUGAUAUGCCAGUUUUAGUACUUGAAAAACUGGAAUAAAACCUGUAAGCAACUGUAAGAGCUACAAGCUGUUGUUCUUUCCCUGUGAUGAAUGCUUUGUGAAUGCAGCUCCACCAUCUUGGAACAAUAUACGUUGUCCAAUCUGGGUGACUAGUAUAGCUGUUAGACUACUGCAUACCGAGUACUGGUGUUGGAGGAGCAGAAGGUGCUUGGACUGGUCCUUUUGCUUUUCCUAGUCAACUGAUCAGCGCAGGUCAAUGUUCAAUGUUGCCAUUAAUGUAUUGCUGCAUUGUACAUUCUUCUGGAAUAUAAAGUGUGCAUUUGUGUUCCUGGUUAGUAAUAUAUUUUUUUCUUGUUUUUUUGUGUUACUUUUGUCAAUGUUAACUUGGUAAGAUGUAAUCGGCUCUUCCCGCUAAGGGCUUCUGGGAAGUUUUGGUGAUUGUAGAGAAACUGCCCUCGUGGGGUGUCGUCACAAGACGUGAAGCAGCAAUUUGACUAUGACCUGCUUUAAAAAUUAUGUAAAUAAACUAAGUUCCUCUUUUUUUUUUCCCUUUUUCCCCUUUUUAAAAAUGAACAGUCUGAAUUAUUUUGUCUAAUUGUGGUUCUCUUGUAUUGAUGUUAAUCCUAAUUGAAGAUGUAUAUUUAUUGCCAUGUCUUUGAAAAGAUUCAUUAUGCCCCCCACCAUCUCUGCCCUAGUCUGACUUGUUCAGAGUGGGUAUUGUUGAAGACUGGUAGAUCCUUUUAAUAUAUUUAGCUGUAAAGUGGUGCCUUACAAAGCACAAAGCUUACCACGGAGUACAGUGAUUGCCUCUUUUCCACCUGUUUCACCUCUCCAGCUGCUGUCUCCAAGUGCAUGUUUUGCAGAAGAAAAAUGAUAUAAAAAAUUUAGCAGACUAAGAGCAGUUUUGCAGGAUUGUCAUAGUUUGAGUCCAGAAUGUCUGCAUCUUGUACUGGUUGUUUUUAAAUCAAGUGGCGUCAUGUUGUUGGGUUUCCCUUGUCAAACAUGGCACAGAUAGAUGUGUUCUGCUCAGAUGAAGAUUGUCAUUGCUAUAAUUUGUACCUGUCAUGCAGAGAGAGGUGUUAAAUUCACACUUAUUGAUGGGCUAUUCUGUCAUUUCGUGUAUUUCCACUUGUUAGUGGAAUGUAUGUGAACCAAAAAUAACACUACGGAGCUCAUGUACCAAUAUCUUUUUUUCUUGGUCACUGGAGUAAUACUGGACUCAGCAGUAAGUUUUCGUUGAUGUUUUAGAGAUAGAAAUUAAAGAUUUCUUUUAAGAUGA